AUGGACAAACCUAACUCCAUCCCACGUGAUCUGGGUCAACCCAACAAGAGGAACCACCCCGUCCCAACCCAAGUGGGCAAACCCCGACCCAACCCAGACCCCCAAGCCGUCCCAACCGCCUCCCCGCUGAGCCCCGCCGUGCCCGUCUCCCCCCAGAACUCGCGCUACCAGACCUACCAGCGCAUGUGGAACUACAUGCAGUCGAAGCAGCCGAGCGUCUUCGUGAAGAGCACGGAGGAGGGCAUCGCCCGGGUGCUCAACUCCAAGUACGCCUUCCUGCUGGAGUCCACCAUGAACGAGUACCACCGCCGGCACAACUGCAACCUCACGCAGAUCGGCGGGCUGCUGGACACCAAGGGCUACGGCAUCGGCAUGCCGCUGGGCUCGCCCUUUCGGGAUGAGAUCACCCUGGCCAUCCUGCAGCUGCAGGAGAACAACCGGCUGGAGAUCCUCAAGCGGAAGUGGUGGGAAGGAGGGCACUGCCCGAAGGAGGAGGACCAUCGAGCCAAAG